AUGGACUUGCCCAUCAGCAAAUCCAAGAAGCGGCAAAACAGGAGGAGGAAACUUCGUGAGAGCAGGCGCGAGAGUGGCGAAGAAGCCGAUGAGGAGGAAGCUGGAUACUCUCACGCGAACGAGGGUGAGAGUGACACCCAGGAUCUCUCCUUUGACCUCCCGAUCCCGACAAUCACCUUCAGGUUCAACAAGACAGCCAGCAGGGCGAGGGUUGAUUCCUUGUAUCCAUUAUACGACUCAUCUUGCGCCUCCUCGCCCUCAAAAACCGUCAACGACAUCCAGAGCAACGUUGCAAGUCGACCACAGAGCAACAAUAGCACGACUAGGAACGGAACUGGUCGGUCACAAGGAGCCGGAGAGUCCAACAGUGUAUUGACGCCCUUCUUGCCAUCGUCGUCCGCCCAUUCCAGCGAGACCGACACGUCACUCGAAACGGUUGUUCCUCCAGGGGUGGAAACGUCUCUCUUUGCCGGUUCGCCAAGCACCAAUGACGAGAAGGCCGAUGAAGGCCAGCCCUUCAAGACCACUGAGCAGCUGACGGCCCCCACACCAGACAUCUCCCCUGUGCUCGAAUCGCUUCCGACGAUUGCUACAAGCAGUCUGCCACCUCUUCCCCCAUUCGCUGCCCCUGGAUCGAGUCAUGUAGUGACACCUCCUGCAACCUCCAACAUACCUCCCCCUCCUCCUCCUCCACCAUUCAUCUCAGCAAGCGGUGCAGCAGCAGCAACAGCCACAGCAACUGCACCCUCCCCUGUCGUGGCUCUUUCAGUCAACAACACCUCAGGAAUCCCUCCCCCUCCUCCACCACCGCCGUCUCCUGGCUCCACCGGUCUGAAGAAGAACGGCCCUCGAACACCACUUCAGAUCUCGACCUCUAUCAUGACGACGCUUGAUUCACAUCCACUAGGACUUGGACGAAGUCUCACAGCACCCCUUACUCCCACCCGCAGCAUUGUUGCUCGCCAUGUUCUUCGCUGGGACGCUCUCUCUCACGGUGAUAUAUCUCAAACUGUCUUUGAUACCGACCACCACCAUCAUCACAGUCGACACCACCACCAUGGACAUGGCCAUCGUCACCCCUCAGGUCACAUCCGUCAGGCCUCUACGGUCCCCAACACACCAACGUCACUCAAGUCUCCUGAUUUUUUGAGUCUUGAAGGUUCGAAGGGGUUGGACCAGUAUGUGUUGAAUGAUGGCAAUGCUGUGGACGAUGAUGCACCGCCAGGAGCCGAAGAGUCCAGUCAUGGUUACUUGCAUGGACAGCCAGAAGGACCAUUGGAUGGCCCUUCAGGGCCACAUCAAGAGAGUGGACCAGGACCCAUUGCUCCCCCACUUUCCAUCGAGAUGGACUUUCAAAAGUUUGAAGAGAUGUUCUGUAUCGACCCAGUCGAAGAGCAGAAGCGACUCAAGGCUAAGGAAGCGGAUGCUCAAGCAAAGGUGAAGCCAAAGGAAGUGACCCUGUUGGAGGUCCGGAGGGCUACCAACGUCUCCAUUGGACUGUCACGACUCAUGAAACGAUACGAGUCUUUCGAUGCCCUUCGAUCCAUGGUCCUCGCCCUCGACAUCAACGCCCCACCACCACCACCUCCUCCUCCCUCUUCGACCUCUUCUGCCUCAACCGCCUUGUCAUCCCAAUCAACCUUGCAAAAGUCUCCCUCGCUCCAGUCCCUGUCAAGUCUCUCUAACAGUAGUCACAGGCGCGUCGUCACCAGCCCUGCAGUUGUUCAUUCGAGUGCCCGCGUCAGCCCCAUGGUUACUCGGCCGACCAGCUCGAAUUUUCCAAGUCCGUCCAUGUCCAGUGAUUCUCCCCCUGUUUCUACGUCAACGCCACCAACUUCGAACCACCCCGUAACAACCCCUCCUCGAUUGGCGACUCCUCCUCCUCCUCAUCCUUUUUCUCAACCUUCAUUAUUGUCGAUUAUUACUGCUCAUCCCUUGUUCAGGUCCUUCUCAUCGCCACCUUCCCCGACUCUCUCAACAACGGCCACCAACCCUUCGACAGGAUCCUACUUCAGUUCUCGAUCCGAGACACCUGUCGUCUACCAACAACACUUGAGCCUAGAUGAUCUGUUGACUUUGGAACCCCUUUUGCCGAAUGAGAAGGAGCGGAAACUCUUGGACGUCUACCAGCGUCAGAAUAAGACCGACUUCUUGGCCAACGAGAGUGAGGCUGUCCAAAAGCUCGGCAUGUCGGAACGGUUCAUGUACGCCAUGUCCAAGCCUGUUUUCCAGCCAUUGCCUGAGCCAGCGGUCCCUAGCGAGAACUUGCAAUGGGCCAAGGGUCCAUCAUCGAUCUUGAAGGGAGGGUUUGCUUCCCUGAACUUGAAGGGCCUUGGGAAAUCUGGUGUUUUGGCGAAAUUGAGCUCACAAUCGGGGGGAGGCGUUAGUGGACUUGCUUCUGCAUUUGCUGCAUCUCCAUUAGGCGCGUCUGCAGCAGCAGAGGACGAAGAUCCUCUGUUGAUCGACGACUACAUCUUUGCAGCGAUCUCCAUGCUUCGCUUCGAUGCUGAUCUAUCAUCAACCGAGACGCAGGUCCGUGGGCUGUUUGAAGGGUGUGACGCGUUGAGGAUGAACAAGAACCUCAAGGUCCUGUUCCUAGGAGUCUUGAAGGUCGGCAAUAUGCUGAACACCAUCUAUGGUCGCAAAAAGCCGUCUUGGCAGCAACAGACCCAUUUGCUCUCCUCUGCCCACCCUGCAUCUGCACCGUUGAGGACGUUGCACCCUGCAAAGUCUAUGCCCAACAUGAACCUCUCUAUGAAGCGUGGAUUUGGUAUCCCUCCUCCUCCUCCACCGCCACCACCCAUGUCAGGAUCCAAUGGUAUUCCUCCACCACCACCACCGCCACCGCCCAUGUCUGGAACUGGGAUCCCUCCUCCUCCUCCUCCUCCACCUAUGUCAGAGCCAAAUGGUAUUCCUACUCCACCACCACCACCCUCUAUGUCCGGAGCUGAUAUCCCACCACCACCGCCGCCACCAGGGUCAGCCGACACACUCUCUCAAUCAACAACUUUUCUCCCAAGACCUCUCCUAUCUUCAGUUCACCCAUUAUCCCACACACACUCGCACAACGACCUCCACCAACAGUUUCAUCGCUCCUCAGCCCAUCAUCAUCCUCAACAACAGGGCGCGGCUGGGUUCCGACUGAACAGUCUUCUCAAACUGCGGGACGUGCGUAGUCUCGACAACAAGUCGAAUCUAAUGCAUUACCUUGCCAACAUGGUCACCAACACCAACCCGGAACUCUUGACCCUACCGGACCAGUUUGCGUUCUUGUCCAAGCUGGAGCAGUACCGGACCAAGGAGAUCCUGGACCAAGUUGUUGAACAUCAGAAGGUUAUUCGCAAGCUGAAAACGUUUAGGGAGAAGCUGGAGCGGAAGGUUGUAGCUAUGGAGGAGGCUGCUUUCAAGAUGCUGACGCUGAAGAGUGUCACCGCCAACAGCGACGAUGGACAGGAAGGGGACGAUAGUGGCAAAAGUGCAGAAGAGCAAGAGAGGACUCGCAAGGAACAGGCCGAGGAGCACGAGAAGGAGAUCAAGAACGGACGACAGGUUCUGGAAAAGCUCGACAAGUUCUUGAAGGACGCUCAGUCACGGUUUGACGACCUUGUUGACCAGGUCGAGCUCUUCGACCACAGCUGGCGAGCGACUGCCAUCUACUUUGGAGAGAAAUCUGCCGAAGACGUCGACAUCUCUCCCUUCCCAAGUACUGCAACAGAUUCCACAUACCAGCAACAGAAACAACAACAACAACAGCAGCAGCAACUGCAGAUGGUGAACAGGAUGCUGACAGGACCCCGCAAACCCCCAGAAGAGAUCUUCGCCGUCCUACACGAGUUCUUCCGUCACUUCCGGGAAGCACAUCUCCAGAACGAGGACCAGCUGAUCAAAAAGCGACGACAGGCCGCAUCCUUUGCCAGACGCUCAAAGAACAGUUCCACCUCCUCGACCUCCACCGCCACAACAACAUCAUUAUCAACAACUAGAACGAAAACUAACAACACUCCUGCUGGAUCAUCGUCUAAAUCGACGACUUCUAUGUCCGGCUUGGUUUCCAGGAGUGCCUUUGCCGGACUUUAA